UCAAACCGUCCAACUUAGUCCAUAAGCUUUCUGCACUCGUUCUACUCGUGAAUGGCCCUCCAGUUCUGCAGUUGAAGUGGGUUUCGAGUAUAAAUUCAGUUUGGUAUUCGGAUUAUUGAUCAUCAUCUUCAUCACUCCUAAUCUAUACUCGGUUAAUCCGAAUUCUUGUGGUUUCUAGCCGAAGAUGGCCGGUGGCAUCUUCAAUCGUCUGUUUUACUAUCUGUUUUUUGUGUAUUUGGCAUCUUCUUUUGCUGGAUUGCAGGUUUUUGUGCGGGGUCGGUUGCUUCUAAGUUCUAAACCCCACCCGGAUGAUGCUGCGGCCACUGCUCGUUGGUUGGUUUCUCAGAAUUCAUGGGGAAUCUUGAGCACCAUCUCAAGUGAUUUCGGGGGAGCGCCUUUUGGGAAUGUGGUUUCGUUUAGUGAUGGGCCACCGGGCAAAGGUCGAGGCACGCCAUAUUUCUACUUAACUACUCUUGACCCAACUGCAAGAUAUGCAAUCUCAGAUGAGAGGGCUUCAUUUACGCUAAGUGAGUACCCUAUUGGCACUUGUGGCAAGAUAGAUCCCGAAAACCCGACUUGCGCGAAGAUUACGUUGAUCGGGAAGCUGAGGCAGGUGGAUCCUAAUUCCAAAGAAGCAGAGUUUGCUAAAACUUCCUUGUUCUCAAAGCAUGCAGAGAUGAAGAAGUGGCCUAAGGAUCACGACUUUCGGUUCUACAAUUUAGUAAUAGAGAACAUAUUCUUGAUCGAUUGGUUCGGUGGGCCGAAGCCUCUUACGGUCGAUCAAUAUCUACAUUUCAAAUUGAAUGAGUUCACAUCCAUGAAAUGAAUUUGUUGUACACUCUGAUCUUCCCUGUUCAUAUCAGCUUCCUGGGUUUGAACUGUAAAAAGUUUAUACAGAAUCAUUGUUUAUGGGAAGAAUAAAGUUUCGUUCAUUUGUUGUCCACAUUCCAGAGUUGCUGAUGGGUCUUCAAUCAUGUAUUAUUUAUAAAUAAAUUUGUAACAAGUUUGAUAAAUGUGUUAUGAUAUUAACACAUUUAUUUCUUUAAUUAA